AUGGCGGAGGCCGGGCCACAGGCGCCGCCGCCCCCGGGUACUCCAAGCAGGCACGACAAGAGUCUGGGGCUUCUCACCACCAAGUUCGUGUCGCUUCUGCAGGAAGCCAAGGACGGCGUGCUUGACCUCAAGCUGGCAGCCGACACUCUCGCUGUGCGCCAGAAACGGCGGAUUUACGACAUCACCAGCGUGUUGGAAGGUAUUGGUCUGAUCGAGAAAAAGUCCAAGAACAGCAUCCAGUGGUAGGGUGUGGGGCCCGGUUGCAAUACCCGGGAGAUUGCCGACAAGCUGAUUGAGCUCAAGGCAGAGAUCGAGGAGCUGCAGCAGCGGGAGCAAGAGCUUGACCAGCACAAGGUGUGGGUGCAGCAGAGCAUCCGGAAUGUCACAGAGGACGUCCAGAACAGCUGCUUGGCCUAUGUGACCCACGAAGACAUCUGUAGAUGCUUUGCUGGAGACAUCCCGCUUGCCAUCCGGGCCCCAUCAGGCACCAGUCUAGAGGUGCCCAUCCCAGAGGGUCUCAAUGGUCAGAAGAAGUACCAGAUUCACUUAAAGAGCAUGAGCGGCCCCAUCGAGGUGUUGCUAGUGAACAAGGAGGCCUGGAGUUCGACACCUGUGGCGGUGCCUGUACCUCCCCCUGAGGAUCUGCUCCAGAGUCCACCUGCCUUUUCUACUCCUCCACCUCUGCCCAAGCCUGCCUUAGCUCAGCCCCAGGAAACCUCUCGUCCAUGCAGUCCCCAGUUAACCACCCCCGCUCCUGUCCUUGGCAGCACUGAAGUCUCAGAGGUGGCAGGCCAGACAGCAGAGAUUGCAGUGAGUGGUGG